AUGUCGAUGAAGAGGAGUGUCUUCAAAAAGGCCAGCCCCAACAACAAGAUUGUAGUUUAUCUUGGCAGACGGGACAUAUUCGAUGAUCUGACAACUGUGGAUCCCAUCGAUGGCGUGAUCACUAUGGAUCAGGCUUAUGUAAAGGGUCGCAAGAUUUAUGCGCGGAUCCAAUGUGCCUUUCGGUAUGGUCAAGAAAAUCUGGACAACAUAAUGACAGGCGUGACGUUUAUGAAAGAAUUUUUCAUCAACACAGAUCAGAUUUAUCCGAUAGAUAAACGCAAGCCACAGCAUAAACUGACAAUAGUGCAGGUAUGUCUUGGUCUUUACCAUUUUUUCGCCACUGUGUAG